AUGCCACGGUCCUUUCUGGUGAAGAAACACCUCAGUCACAAGAAGCCAAACUACGGUCAGCUGGAUUCAAAGAAAGGAGAGGACGUCCCUUCUCCGUAUUCCCCAGAAGAUUUCGUACUGGCUCCCGUGCCCUGUUCUGAGAUGCCCUGCCCUCUGCCCUGCUCCCCCGAGGCUCUGGGAGGGUGGCUGUCCACCCCUCCUAUCACCACAAUGCCCUCGGUGGAGCUGAACUCCGUCCCCACCCCUCUGAUGGCCAUACGGCCGCAGAAUUCUGACUUUCCCGCAGAGAGGCCGGUGCAGGAGCUGUCUUCCUCCCUGUUGGUGGCCCACACACCCCUCAGAGAUGCUCUCCCUCUGCCAGACCCCAUGGAACUCCUGGAGCCCCAGGUCUUCCAGCUCCCCAAGGAUCCCAGGCUCUCGGGGGACCGGAGCGGCCUCCCGGCCCCUCUCCUCGGCCUGGCCCCCGGCGCACUGGAGCGCUUCGAGUGCUUCGACUGUCGCAGGGCGUACUUCACGGUCUCCGGCCUGGCCAAACACAGACAGCUGCGCUGCGAGUGGCAGUGCCACAAGUGCUUCAGCUGCAAGUACUGCGACAAGGAGUAUGUGAGCCUCGGGGCGCUCAAGAUGCACAUCCGCACGCACACGCUGCCCUGCGUCUGCAAGCUGUGCGGCAAGGCCUUCUCCAGGCCCUGGCUCCUGCAGGGACACAUCCGCACGCAUACAGGGGAGAAGCCGUUUUCAUGCCCGCACUGCAGCCGGGCGUUUGCCGACCGCUCCAACCUCCGCGCUCACCUCCAGACGCACUCGGACAUCAAGAAGUACCAGUGCAAGAGCUGCUCGAAAACCUUCUCCAGGAUAUCGCUGCUGUCCAAACACGAGGAGGCUGGCUGCUGCCCCUUGUCAUGA